UGUCGAAGGGAGAGGGGAUUUCGUUUUUUUCUUACGCGAGAGUUUGGUUACGGGAGGAGAUUUGGUUUUGUUUGGGCUUUUGUUUUUACUUUGGGCCCAAGUGAUGUUGCUAGGGUUGACGUAUGCUCACGGCGUUGCCAUUUCCGCCUUCCUCUUUCCAUCGUUUUUGCUUUCUCACCUCUCUGUAACGUAGUCUUCAUUGAAAUCGAUCUUUAAUUCGAUCAUCAAUUUUCACCCCACCUCUCUUCCCACUCCAUCUCAUUUGCUCUUAUGGACGACCCGGUUUUGUAACAGAUCGGAGGUGGCGCUAUAAAUACGUGUGUCUUGGAGCGAUGAGGAUCUACAGCUCUGAGAUUUAUAGCUUAAGCAAUCCGACGCGCCUUCCGAUAUGUCUUCAUAUGUUCUUCUCGCUAACUUGAGAGCAGGCCGUUGCUCAAACACCGCUGAAGUUCGUCUUCUGAGGUUCUGGGAAGCUCGCAACGUCAGGAAAGAUGGAGAGCUUAUGAGCCUUGACAUGCUUCUCCUUGAUGAACAGUCUACGCUGAUACACGGGAGCAUCAACUCAAGCCGCGUUGACACUUUCCGGAGGCGGCUCAGUGAAGGCUCCGUCUACUCUCUCAGUGGUUUCGACGUGGCACGGGCUAACCCAAAAUACCGACUCUCUGACUCUCCGGUGUCCAUACGCUUCAAUGAUGGAACUUUUUUUGAGCCAAAAACUGACUCGGACAAGGACAUUCCGACUGAGUUAUUCAGGUUUCGCAGCCAUGAACAGUUUCUGGCAUUGGCAAAUACUAACAGAGAACUCCCAGAUAUCGUUGGUGGAGUAAGUUCCGUGAGGAGCACGAUCACCGACGGUCUACGCGGUCCUCAGCGUGUAAUGGUGACUCUACGUUUGGAAGGGGAUGUCAAUGUUUGUGUCAGUAUGUUUGAUGAUCGUGCUGUAACUUUCCAAACUAAGUUUGACGAGCACGUCUCUAAGCCAAGGGUUAUACUGUUUACAAGUAUCAAUCCCAAAGUUGUUGGAGGGAAGCUUUUUCUCAACGCUACGUCUGGUACGCACUUUUAUUUCGACCGUGAAACAUCAGCUGGAAAAGAGCAUUAUGAAAAGCUGGUUGGUGAUGGAGCCAAUUCGAGCUCUUCUAAAUCAAAAGUGGUCUCAGCUCAGAAAAUCGAGCCCUUGACCGUUGCUGAACUGAACCAAUAUGUCCUUGCCGCUGACCCACAGGAUAUUGAGUUCCUAUGCAAGGCCGAGGUGACCAGUCUUCAGUCGGAUAAGGGAUGGUGCUAUAUCGGAUGCUCCAAAAGCGCAAAGAAGCUUCAGCGGGAUGAAACAUCUUUCACUUGUCUCUCGUGUGAUAGGGAGAACGCUACGGGUGUGUUAAGGUAUCGGGUGGAGUUCUCGGUGGCGGACCAUACGGAUGAGGCUGUAUUUGUAGCAUUUGAUACAGAGAUUGCUAAGCUAACCAACAUCCAAGCAUCUGAGGCUGCACAUAUUUUUGGUGCGGGUGUGAAUGCUAGGGUCGACAGCGACUUCCCUCCGUUCUUGAAUGAAGUAGUUGGAAAAACUUUCACUUUCCAGCUCAAGUUGGGUCAGUUCAACUUCACCUCCAAGCACCAGAGUUUCACUGUCUCCCGUAUAAUAAGUGAACACGAGAGAGCGCCAUUGCCAGCGUUUGUUAACGAUGGGGGUGAUCAUGGACCAGCUGACAAUGGAGAUGGUGUGGCACCAAAGAUUGAUGAGAGUACCGUUGUCAGCAACAAUGCAUCGGCAUCAAAUGUCCCAUAUCACGGUUCUCAGGCUGCAAAAAACAGAAGCUUGUCAAUGAUGGGAACGUGAAGAAGAAGGCACACAAGGAGUAGAUCAACCUGGAUUGCAUCAUUUCCCACCGCUUACCUAUCAAAAAAUGCUUUAUCUUUUGUUCAUCUUUUUUAUUUAAACUCUUUAGUUUCUUUUUUCCUAAUAUUAUAGAUUUGAAUUCUAUGUCUGGUGGAUGUUUUAACGAAUGCAAUCUGAUCUUUUUCUUUCGAUAUUA